UGUUUUAAAAUAUUAAAGGCCCAUUAAUUUAGUUUCAAUGUCGACCAAUUCAGUGAAUAGUUAGUUCUGCACCAGAUAUGAUGCUCAGAUUGCAAAUACCUUCACCACCACCACCCAAACCCCCAAUUACCCAAACUACCCUCAAAACCCUCCUCUCCGCCACCACCACCACCACCGAUUCCGGCGCUAGAUUCCGGCAGAAGCUCCUCUACCUCCGCCACCUCAACGUAAACCCCACCAAAGUCCUCCACAUAAACCCUAACAUCCGCUCCGCCCCCCUCUCCACCCUCCACUCCAUCGCAGAAUGCCUCUCGUCAAUGGGCCUCGAAUUCGCCGCCGUCGGCCGGAUUCUCGACAUGUACCCGCAGCUUCUCACCGCCGAUCCCUACGACGAUAUUUACCCAAUCCUCGAUUUCCUUCUCCACACCGUCGAGCUCCCCUUCUCCGAAAUUCGCAAAUCGAUUACUCGGUGCCCUAGAAUUCUCGUCUGCCAUCCAGAAUCCCAAUUGAAGCCCACAUUCGACUUCUUAUCCGAAUUCGGAUUCGCCGGCCCGAACAAAUUGACAUCUCAAACCACGCUGCUGCUGGUAUCCAACGUUGAGUCUACAUUGAUGCCAAAGAUUGAAUUUUUAGUUAAUUUGGGGAUUGAAUACAACGAGGUUAGGAGUAUGGUGCUUAGGUCACCUGGAUUGCUGACUUUCAGCGUGGAGAACAAUUACAUGCCAAAGGUGGAUUAUUUCUUCAACGAAAUGAACGGCGAUUUGGAAGAAAUCAAGAGGUUUCCGCAGUAUUUUUCGUUUAGCUUGGAGAGGAAAAUCAAGCCACGUCACCGGCUUUUGAGGGAGCACGGAUUCUUUAUGCCUUUGUCAGAGAUGUUGAAGAUUAGUGACGGGGAGUUCAAUUUGCGGUUGAUCGAGAAACGCUUGCACAUUGUUGGGGAGUUCUUGUAGCAUUUAUGUAAGUGUUUUAUUUAUUUUUGCUUUUAAUUUGUAUAUGGCUCUUUUUGUUGUUGGAUGAUUGAUGAUAUUUGAAAUGUGUACUCGAUGAUUUCUUGUAUAAUAUAACAGACUUUAGCUUCAUUAAUCGGCUUCAUUGAACACUA